UCUCCCUCCCUUUGCAUGUGUUCAUCUGCUCCAGCUGUCGGUCUCCCCAGUCACUCUCUCAGGGUCAUACAGGCAGCAGUUAACGGGAUCACUUCUGAAUGCCAACUCAUCCGGGACGAUCACAGCCAGCAGACGGACACCAGUCAGAGGGAGGCUUGAACACAGAAGACCCAUUGGAAAAGAUUCACCCAUACAUCUUCUCGACUGCUCUGUCCAUCGCAGCGUCUUGACUUCAAAGCUCGGCUGCCUGUCUGACAGUCGUGUGUGUAUGUUUGUGUGCAUGUUUUCUGCUAGAUUGCCCAUCAGUUAGUGCAUUAGUAUGCAGCGUGCUUGCGUGUCAGUCUUGUGUGUGUGCACAUGUGUGUCUGUGCUCCUCCACAGUGCGAUUUCACAGUCACAUAGAGAAACUCACACCUACACGUGCACAGAUGGAUAUCACUGGGACCCCCAGACUGAGCACUGCAGAGACAUAAAUGAGUGCGAGACCAUUCCAGAUGCCUGCAAAGGGGAAAUGAAGUGCUUCAACCACUACGGGGGCUACCUGUGCCUUCCCCGCUCUGCAUCAUUCAUCCCAGCUCCAGAGCCCUCCAUCAACCCCACUGAGGCCUUUAACCCCUGCCCCCUGGGCUACGAGCCGCAUGGAGACAGCUGCGUGGAUGUCGAUGAGUGUGAGCGAGAGGAACACGACUGCCAGCCCAGCCAGGAGUGCAUCAACACACUGGGUGCCUUCAACUGUCAGUGCCCCCGUGGUUACAGCAAAGUUGGCACGGAGUGUAUUGACAUAGAUGAGUGCAGGUACAGAUACUGCCAGCAUCGCUGUGUCAAUGUCCCCGGCUCCUUCUCCUGUCAAUGCGAGCCUGGUUUCCAGCUGGGAGGAAACAACCGAUCCUGCGUCGAUGUAAAUGAGUGUGAGAUGGGUGCACCCUGCUCUCAAAGGUGUUUCAACACGUAUGGCACCUUCAUGUGUCGCUGCGAUCAGGGCUACGAGCUCGGGCCUGACGGCUUUGCUUGUAACGACAUCGAUGAGUGCAGGUCCUCCAGUUACCACUGCCAGUUCCAGUGCGUCAACGAGCCCGGGAAGUUCUCCUGCGUGUGCCCUGAAGGAUACCAGCUGGUGGGCACCAGAAUGUGCCAAGAUAUAAACGAAUGUGAAACAGGCGAGCAUCAGUGCACCGACACGCAGACGUGCGUCAACAUCCACGGGCGGUACCAGUGUGUGGACACCGACCGGUGCCAAGAUCCAUACGUACACGUCUCUGACAACCGCUGUGUGUGCCCACAUAACAAGCCUGCCUGCAGAGAUUUGCCUUACAGCGUGGUCCACCGAUACAUGACCAUCACCUCGGAGCGCUCCGUGCCCUCCGAUAUAUUCCUGAUUCAGGCCACUAACAUCCUGACAGGGUCCCUCAACACCUUCCGCAUCCGAUCCGGGGACGACAAUAGAGACUUUUACAUCAGGCAAACCAAUAACUACAGCGCCAUGCUGGUUCUGGCCCGAGCCGUGUCUGGACCCAGAGAGUACACGUUGGACCUGGAGAUGUUGUCGGGUCACCCCCUGGUCAGCCAGCGGACCAGCUCCGUCCUCAGACUUUCUAUCUUUGUUGGGCCGUACACCUUUUAAAGCAGGAGCAGGAGUGGAGGGACACAGAUCCAAAAGUAGCUGUAAAACACAAGUGGUCAAUGCUGUUCAUCCAGUCACUGUGAUAUUUACAUUAUCAGCCUUUUUCUACACAGUCCACAGAAAGUGACACUUUCCUAACAGAAAAUACGUCCAGUACACUAAACACAGACACAUUGUAGCACACAGUCCAAGCUGUUUGAUUUUACUUUAUUCUGUCCUUUACACCUAUCUUAUUUCUCAGGUGUAUGAAAGAUUUUACUCUGAUCAGGGUGAAAAUGACUGAAUUCUCAUCAGAUUUAUCCGUUUUCACCAGCUUACAUGCUUAUCUCCAGCUCACCUUUAAUGUCAGUAACCACUCACAUCAGACCUCAGCGCCCACACUUCCUCCGUCGCCCUCCACUGUUCAUUAUCUGUGUUUGUGCUACAGUUUCUGGGUUUGUCAUGUCAUGUUGUACUUUAUAUUUUUUAAGAUUUGAGUUCAAAUAAAACAAUACUCCUUUCA